UGUACAUAAUACUUCCUACACGUUAUUAUGUAUAACAAGUUGAGGCUUUAGAAUAUAGCCUCAGUUGUACGAGCACUUGGAAACCAGAGUGAGCGUAUAUAUUGGGAACGUAUCAACUGUUCGAAGAACUUCUAAAUGUAAGGGAAACAUAUAUAAAAAAAAUGACAUUAACAAAGAACUACGCCCCCUACCGGCUGUUCGGGUACGUUUCAGCACUGGCUCUACAUGGCGGUAAUUUCUUAGUCAUGUACUUUGCCCUUCAAGGUGACAUUAUGAAGGAUCCAGAAAUAGAAACAUUUGCAGCUUUACAAUGGGCAUACAUCACUAUUUGGAAUGUCAUAUUCCAAUUAGCGUACCCAUGCUUAGGGAUUUUGUGUGAUUUACCAACAAUAUUAGAAAUUAAGGAACACGUACUCAUAAAACAAUUGAAAACUUAUAGAGAAAUUAUAUUCGCUAGUAUUAUACUACCAGUUGGCAUCUUUAUAACAUUCGUAUUCUGGCCGAUAUAUUUAUACGACAGAGAAUUAAUAUUCCCAGCUUUCAUAGAUAAAGUAUUAAGUCAAGGAUCAAAUCAUGUUAUGCACACAGCCAUAUUCCUAAUUAUUGUCUGGGAGUUCAUAUUCUUACCAAAGUCAGCGCCACAAUCGCACAAGGUGAAUCUAGCUCACAUUUUCGGAUGCUACUUAUCAUAUUUAACCGUAUUAUUCUCAACACACUACCGUAUUGGGGCAUGGCCGUACCCUUUUUUGAAGCUAAUGCUCGGGACAAUAUUCUUCCCAAUGAUAUUUAUUGGCGUCGGGGUGUUAGUACAUCUAAUAUACUUCGCUCAAUGGCCUAUCAAUAAGUUAAUAUGGGGCACAAAAGAAGUGGUAAAAGAAAAUUAAUUAAAACGGGAAGAAACAACAAGUAAGACUAGAAAUCUAUUUAUUUUCCAUUGUCCUAAAAAAUCUCAUAUUCCCACAUUCCUUCCCGAUUUACUUGAAAAUUGUAAGACACUGUUAGUCAAGAAUUUAGAACAUCCUUUAUUACCGUGAGUGUUUCAUUACAACCUUAUUGUCAUCUCGGUUUCAUUAAUAGAGAAUAAAAGAGAUGACAGUAUAUUUGGGAACAUGUAUUUCGACAGUAGAAUUUCAAGGUCAACACCUCUGAGAAACCAUUGUAACAUUUGAUCAAGGUUACUUAUAUAAGGUACUAGAAAUAAAACACGAUCCUUUGCAAGUGAUUCCAGAAUAAUAAUAAAAACAAUAACAUUUAUUUUCUAUUGGUUCUCAAACUCCAUUCUUCAUCUACUUUAAGGUACAAUGUUUUGUAUUGAGUUCACAAAUCAACAAAGCUAAUGUGUACAUACAGGUUGAUCGAAAAGCAUUUCACAGUUCCUAAGUUAAACUGUAUCACAAUUUGUAUGUCUUGGUUAUUUUUCGAUCAGCUUGCAUAUACGGAAUAUGUAAUUAUAUAUUCUGUUCUCUUUACAUAGAUAUAGGUUUAUUUUUAUAUUUCAAUUUUUAUAUGUUUAGUUAAUGUGUAAAAAUACGUAAUAUUCAGUUUAACAAAUCAAUAUUUUUUUUGUAAUAUAAAAUAAUUAUCUCAUAGAAAAACAAGAGGUACAAAAUUUUACUAUUCCACAAUGUUCGACACACCCGUACAUUUGGUAUUAUCGUUUAAGUAUAAAAUAGAAGCUCUUUCAGAAUAACUGAUAUAAAGGUAACAAAGGAAAACAAAUGACCUACGUACAAAUCACACGAAACACACAAACAUAUUAUCCCAAUAUUCCCGCAAAUACCAUUCUUGCGUCUAUACCAAAUCGUUAAUUUAUACUCUAUCGAUUAGUGUCCAAUUCUAUUAUCUUGUUUUAGUGAAAAUUUAGCAAAACAUAGUAUAAAAGUUUUAGAAAUAUCUACUAAAUCUACUCAGCAAUUAAACUUUUACCCUAUUCCUAUCUCUAUCACACUAACACCCCUCGAUCGCUUGCGAUGAAGAGAUACGCCGUGUUACAACAUUCUCGAAUGUUAUGCACCAGUCUCCAAGUCUACGAGUUUUAAAGACAAAAUUUAUAUAGAAUGGACACGAUUCGGUUUAAGUAACAUCCUGUUUAGAAAACACAGGUAUCAAGUUUUUUAAUAUUUCAUCAUAUUUUCUAUUCUUUUAAAAAUGUUAAAAUAAAUUCGACAUAAAGUGGAACAUCCUGUAUCUAAAUCCAAUAACAUGUGAUAGUCUGAUUUAUAUUGUUAUUUGUAAGGAAGAUAUAGAUUUGUCGUUCUUUUAUAAAUAUAUUAUUUAUUUGGAUUUGGACAAGGUUAUGUUCCAUAGAUUUAUGCAUAGACGGUUAUUUUUUUUAUUGUUUAGGCAAAAGCUUAAACGGUUUCAGCCGAUUUGUUUCAGUCUUAGUGCUUUAAAAUUUCACCGUGCUCUAAAAUAAUGUAUUAAUGGGAAAUGUCCGUUUUAAUAUGAAAAUCUACAUCACGUGUUAAUGCUUAAAUACAAAUGAUAUCUUGAUUAUUUAUCGCAUCCCAUUAAUUGAAUCAGUCUCAAUUUUCAUUGAAAAAUCGGACAUUCCUCAUUGGUAUGCCGAAAUAAUUGUACCACUAAAUUUAAGCGACUAAUUUUAUAAUAUUUAAUAAACAAAAUCGUAACAUUUGUAACAAACAUUGUAACGUUUGGAACAAACUUUGUAACGUUUGGAACCAACUUUGUAACGUUUGGAACCAAUUUUUGUAACAUGUGACAUCACUAUGAAGUUGCGAACGUGGCGGUAAAAGUUAUAUUUCGAUUAAACAUUCAACGGCUCUCUAUCAACUAUAUUCAUA